AUGGUUAAAAUUCAAACUCUUAUCAAGAAUCGAUUAUCGCAAUUUUUUAAGCAACUCGCAACGAGUAGUACCAUCAUUGUUGGUUAUUUGAUCGGAUUGAAUAAGGUUGAUCAACAAAAUGAUGAGCAAGUUAUUCUCAACUUUAUGAAGAGUCUUUCAAAUUUUGAUCAAGAUGAAUUGGAUUUAAUGCAGCAAGUGAUUAUUCCGAAUGGAAUGGACAUGUUGGGAAUUUAUAUUACUGCUAAUAGUGUUGGAAAAUUGUUGGGAGAGGCUGCGUUGAGUGAUUUGGUUCAAAAUUUGCCUCUAUUGAUAAGUAAACAAUUCAACAAAUUGAUCGGAAGAGAAUUAUUAAUAAUGGUUGGUGGAGCAUCAUCAAUUGAUUUGUAUAGAGUGAGUAAGGACAAUAAUUGUACAAUGGAAAGUUUUGAAGAGUUUUCCGAAUUGAAUAUUAUUGGAGAUAGAGGAGAUUUGUCCAAUUUAAAGGAAGAUCAAUUAUCUUGUGUGAUUGCUCGUGUUCAUUGCGAUUUGAACAUUGUCUAUCAAGUAGAUUCCAGUAACAAGUCAGAAAAUGACUCUACAGUAGAGAGCUUUAAACGUCAAACUGACAGAUUUAUUCAAACUUUGAAAAAGCCAGAAAAUGUAAUAUUGAAAACUCUUCCAGAACAAUCAGAAACAGCCACCCCUUCUCGUAAGAAUAAGAAUGCUCAACAAGCAUCCAAUAAUUUGGUAGCCAGUGUGGAGAUUCAUGACUCUGCAGAGACUCUCUCACAAAAUGUGGAAACCAUCUUGCCAGAAAAACUCUCCCUCAUCGAUCAAUCUACACAACAUCUCAAAGUUGAUGCCAAUUUUAACAAGAAGGAAACUACCAAGAAUAAGAAGAAAAAGCUCCCAAAACAAACCCUUGGAGAAUUCCUUAAAACUACAGAAAAAUUGAACGAUGCCUCACAAACCAUGACAACCAUUUCUAAAAUUCUGCACUUGAAUUGUUUUGUCAGCAUGGCUCCAAAUCAAUAUAGUACCGAGCAAGGAAUUGUCAUUUCAACAGACAAAAAACUCACAAAUUGUACCAUCAGCUUGGAAUCUUCAUCUUAUAUUCCAGUAAGUGCUUUAAAGAAAUCACUCUCCCUUGGAAGAAUUCGUGAAAUUGUCAUUGAAGGAUUAAUCAAACAACUCGUCUAUAUUAGUAACAAUAUUGGAAAGGGAUUCCUUGUUACAAGUGUUGGAGCUAACAAGUCUUUAAAGAAUAUUGGAUUUUACCAAUUCCUUCCAAAGGAUUAUCCUCACAUUUUCACAUGUUGCUACCCAUUCUACAGUGAAGAUCUCGUUUUUGAACAACGAAAUGAACAAUAUUGCAUCAAAUUGAGAGAGGAAUAUCACAAGAGACUCUACUUUUCACUCAAGCAACCAUUCAUUAGAACUAAUCAGGCAUUGGCUUUUGGACGCUCUUCCAAAUCCAAAGUUAGUGAUUUUAACAAGAAGAUCUUGAAUGUUCACAAUUAUGUUGGCUAUCCUUCCACAAUCAAAUCAUCAGGAGCCAAUAAUUUACAUCUUGUUCGUGGCGACUAUUUAUAUGCUCACUAUUGCCAAGAUAAAUUCAAUGAUGAAGGAUGGGGAUGUGCCUACAGAAGUCUUCAAACACUUAUUUCACAUGCUCAAUAUCAUUCUGGUUCUCUCGUUGUCAACUUGCCAACCCAUGAUGAAAUUCAAAAGUGUCUAGUAGAUUGUGGAGAUAAGCAAAGUCCUUCUUGGGCUCUUCUCAAUGGAUUGGCGCUUUUGAAAAUACCAUUGUUCUGGAAAAGUGGUGCGGUAUUCAAAGUAAAGUUCUGUAUGUAA